CCUACCAUUGACUAACUGUAGAAUAGAAAACCCCUUGACCUGUCGUUACAACUGAAGGGCACAGCCUCAUCAUGCCGUCGCGCCGCCGCCGCGCCGUAACCCGCCGAAACCUAUGUCUUAGAACAUGGAGAAGAUGAAAUACAAAGAUCAAGGUGAAGACGAAGCAUCAAACGGGGAGGAAAUUUGCAAGACGGUGCAUCAGGAUCAGGGAGAUGUUGCAGGUUCAGCAGUCAAAAGUCAGUGGCCAUUGCUUCGGAGAGAUGCUAUGUCAAUUGUAAAUAAGAUACAAAGAAGAAUGCAUCAAUUCAAGAAUAUAAGCUUGAUGAAAAAGAAUGUUCUUGCCUCUGAAGCACCAGAAAACUUGGAAAGGAACAAUGAAGAAAGGCAGCAAGCGCAGAUUGAGUCAAAUUCUGUCAGUCCAUUGCAUUUGGUUCAAGGAGUAGGAAACAGAAAUGAAGAUGUAGUAACAGAUUUGGAAAAGAGAGUGGAAAACAAUGCUAGUCAUUACAACAAGUGUAGAACUGAACCAAUCUGAAGAAGUAAACAGAGUGCCGGAAAAUUUAGAAAUGUCGAACGACAAUGGUGAAGGGACAGUUGCUGAAGAUGAUGAAUACUUGUUCCCGAAUCCAGAUGAAGCAGAAGGAAUGAAGAAACCGCUCAUAGGAAUGAGUUUUGAUACAAUUGAUGAGGCACACAAAAUUGUGAAUGUAUAUGGCCAACUGUACAGGUUUGCAGUCUACAGGGGUAGAAAUUACAAGAACAAAAAAUAUUUUCUGAUGUGCAAUAGAAGUAAGAAAGCAAAGGAGCCAAAGAACAUUCAGAAGAAAAGGAAAAGAUAUAUUGUGAAGGGGACAAACUGCAAAAUGAAGGUCAUUGUAGCAUUGCAAGAUGGCAAGUGUAGGUUUACAGAUGUUGAUCUAGUUCAUAACCAUGACCUAGUAAGUAGUCCAGCCUUAACCAAGUUUUUUAUCAGCCAUCGGUACAUGUCCGAAGAGGAAAAGAACUUCUCAAGGAUUUUACAAGAAGCAAGGAUUAAGCCAAGAAGGAUAAUGCAGAUCUUCAAGAAAAUGAAAGGGAGUUUCAGAUAUGUGAACUUUGGGAAAACAAAUAUCAACAAUCUGAAACAAGCUGAUAGAAGGGCUAGGCUGAGAAAUUCUGAUAUUGACAGCACAAUGGUUUUUGUUAGGAAAAUGCAGAAAAGGAACCAGGUUUCUAUGACACAAUAAGCACUGAUGAAGAAAACACAAUCAAAAGUAUAUUCUGGACUGAUUCAGCAUCAAGCGUGAACUACAAGUUGUAUGGUGAUUUUAUUUCAUUUGACACGACAUUAGCACAAACAAGUAUAACAUGCCCUUUGCUCCUGUUGUUGGAAUUAUUGGACAUGGUAAAACUAUAGUUUUUGCAUAUGCUCUGUUGGAAAAUUAAAAGGCUCAAGCAUUCUCAUGGUUAUUCAAUACUCUGUUGGAGGUCAUGGAUCGGAAGAGACCAGAAAUCAUAAUAACACAUCAAGAUGCAGCGAUGAAGAAAGCAAUAGCAGAAGUUUUUGGAAACGAAAUACAAAGAAAUUGCUUUUGGCAUGUUAUGCGUAAUGCUUGAGAGAAUCUCGGUACAUUUUUGAAAGAGAGACUGGGAAAGGAACUAGAAAAAGUCAUUUGUGGAUCUAUAAGCAAGGAAGAAUUUGAAGAUGGUUGGCAAGCUGUUGUGGAAAAGUAUAAUGGCAAGGAAAAUUCAACCCUGAAAUUGAUGUGGAAAACGAGAAGCAUGUGGGCACCAGCUUAUUUCAUAGAUGUGUUUUGCCCUUUCAUCAAGACUGCUGGUAGAAGUGAAAGCACUAAUUCAUCAUUCAAAGACUAUGUAAUGCACAAUGAUUCAAUAGAGACUUUUCUUCAGCAAUGUGAGAUUUUUUAGGAAGAGCAAGGUGAGAUAGAAAGAAGAGAUAGGUUUGAAUCAAAUGUUUUGGACCUAGUAUUUGCAAUAAUGCAGAGGACUGAAAGGCAUGCAACAAAAAAUAUACACCAGAAGUAUUUAUGUCAAAUUCCAAAAAGAAUUGCAUAAUGCUGGACCAUAUUCAGUAGAAGAGCUAGUAAAAGAUGUGGAAUAUGAAGUGAAAAGGGAAAUGGAACAUGCAGAUAUCGAAUUUUAUAGGAAGAGAUUAAAAAUUGAAGUGGAUAGAAGCAGCAAUACUUUCAAUUACAUCUGUAAAAAAUUCAGUAGAGAUGGAGUAUUAUGUUGCCAUUUACUUAGAUUAUUCACCCAACUUGGAGUGAAUGAAAUUCCAGAACAGUACAUCAAGAAAAGAUGGACUAAGCUAUACCAGGAAAAUGAGUUGAAAUUGCAGAAGCAGGUCGUGCUAAAUGGUAGUGGAACUGACAAUGAUUAGCCAGUGCUAACACAUGUUAUGUUGUUGAAGACGGUUUCUGUAUUGUGUUCUAGAAUAUGUAAAGACAAAACUAAAAGUGAAGAAUUCAUGAAGAAAAUUGAAGCGGCUUAUGAGAGUUUGCAAGCCUUAGAACUGAAUGAUAAAGGAAGUGCAGAAAACACAGUGAUAUAUAAAGAUCCAGAAAUCAACAUGGAGGCUGCAAGUGUGGAUAAGGGGCAUAGAUUAAUGAGGCCAGCAGAAGAUAAUACGAUAAAAAAGAAAUAAAAAAGUGGAAAUCCAGCAAAGAGGGUUCUGAAUAUUAUGUAUGACAUUGAUCUGAUUUACCUUAUGUGAUAGAAUGAGGGCGUGAUUUAUAAACAUGUA